AGAGUAAUUGAAGAUGAUUAUCCCUAUCUUCAAGACUUUGCUUGGAUUCUUUUUGCAAUAGUUCCCUUACAAGCAAACUAUGAACAUAACUUUUCAAUUCUAAAAUGGUUUUAUGACACAUAUCAAUCAAGAUUAACACUUGAACAAAUUGAGAAUUUACAAUUAAGUAAUGAAAAACUUGAAAUUGGAUCAAUCGUUGACUUGUCAGAUUCUAUAUUUGGUGGGCAAGUUUUGGCUAGUUCCAAAUAUAGUUUGGGAUAUGGCACAAUUGUAAAAUCUAGUAAAAACCUUUGGGAUUUUGCUGAAUCCCAAACUACUGGAUUUGGACAACAUCGCUAG